GCCGUGUUGAGUCUAACAGUUGCAACGGAUAACAUGCGGAUUGUUUGUCGCUUGUUAUAUCCUGGUUUUAGACUGGACAUUUAGUCGUAAAUAAGGAAGAGUAACCUUCAUUUGACAUAACGUUAGCGGGUAUGCUUAGCUAGCUCCUACUGCCACUUCUAAAUACUGGUAACGGUCUGCUGCGUUAACUGCAUUUAAAUCUGUAUUGCUUCCAUCUCUUCAACAAUCGUUUGUUCUGUAUUGUAGGUGGUAGAUGGCGUCUGCAAAUGCCACAUACGGACAGAAGGAAUCCUCGGACCAGAACUUUGAUUACAUGUUUAAAAUCCUCAUCAUUGGCAACAGCAGCGUAGGAAAGACUUCCUUCCUCUUCCGCUAUGCAGACGACUCCUUCACGCCAGCCUUUGUCAGCACAGUGGGCAUCGACUUCAAGGUGAAGACCAUCUACAGGAACGACAAGAGGAUAAAGCUGCAGAUAUGGGACACUGCUGGCCAGGAGCGCUACAGGACGAUCACCACAGCUUACUACAGGGGGGCCAUGGGCUUCAUCCUCAUGUAUGACAUCACCAACGAGGAGUCCUUCAACGCCGUUCAGGACUGGUCGACCCAGAUCAAGACGUACUCAUGGGACAAUGCCCAGGUCCUCCUGGUGGGGAACAAGUGUGACAUGGAGGAUGAGCGGGUGGUGGCCUCAGACAGGGGCCAGCAGCUGUCCGAACAGCUGGGUUUUGAGCACUUUGAAGCGAGCGCUAAAGAUAACAUCAACGUGAAGCAGACCUUCGAGCGGCUGGUGGACAUCAUCUGUGAGAGGAUGUCCGAGAGUCUGGACAACAACGACCCGGCUGUCACCGGCAAUAAACAGGGGCCCCAGCUCACCGAGCAGCCUCAGAGGUCCCAUCAGGAUUGUGCUUGCUAGACUUGACCAAACACAAACACACUGCUGUCCUAAAAUCCAAACACCUUUUAUUUUUUUUUUAUUUAUUUUUUUUUUAAGGUUUGUCUCUCACUUUCUUUUUCUUCCUCAUAGGUACGUGCACAUACACACAAACACUGCCAUACAGAGACACACAACCUGGCUGCUUAGAUUCUCCAUCUCUCUCACCUCACCAAGAGCAUUAUCCAAAUGAGCCGGCUCGCCCCAAAGAUUUGGUGUUUUCAGUAACGUCAUCUUAAAGUUUUUGUGGAUUUCAGUAAUGGAAAGAACAUUUAACAGAGGUACAAUCCCAGUCCGUUUUGCUUUCUUAUUCACACACACACACACACACACACACACACACACACACACACACACACACACACACACACACACACACACACACACAAACUAUACUGUAUACUAACAGAAUUAUAGAAGGCCAUGAAGGCUGAGACUUCAUCAUUCCUUGUUGUCUGCUGUUGGGUUUUAAUAUAAAAGGCUGUGGAUCCUCCAGUCCCAGGCCCCACUCAGUACCAACGCCUCAAACCGAAAUUCAGACAAAUCCGUUGCAUUUGUUUUACUUAAUCCGAUUGGAAAUAUAUGUUUGAUGCUUUUUUUUACGUUUUUGAGUUUGUUGGGUGUGGGUUUGAGCAUGUGGAAUCACCGGUCAUUCGUGUCGUGAUUGAGUUUCUACAGAUAAUUAUGCUCCCAGUUUGACAUCCAAACGAGUUCAUUUGAAAGUUUGUUGUCCUUUUUUUUUCUUUUUUAGGAAUGUACGUAACAAUAGUCAUGCGUAUCAGUUCGCUUGUCAAGUUUUUAUAAUUAUUAUUCAUUUUUGGCCCCUUCCCCAGAUUUUUAAAUUGUCGUUUAGUGAAAUUGGUUGGCAGUGUCAGUCGCUGUGGUCUCGGUGUAAAGAGCUGCAUAGCCUCUGGAGGUUGCUCCAUUUUUAGAUUCUUAGUUUUUCUUAGUUUGUUUUUUUUUUUACUAUUUUUUUAAGACAUACGACAGAAUAAAAGGAAAAGGGAUGUCUCUCACCA